GACCCAUACCCGUGUCGACCCUGUAGUCCUAUAUAAACUGAUCGACGAAGGAACAAAGUCAGAUUCUCACAGCUCACAAGCUACAUAUCAUAUCCCCGUAUUUCGACACUACCCUACCGUUACAACCGUACCAAAAUACCCGUAUAAAUAAUUGAGGAAAAAAAGAGGCAAGAAAGAUAGAAAAGAAAAGAAGACUAGCUUGCACCAAAAAAAAAAAAAAGAAGACUAGACACUAAAAACCGUAGUAGCUUAGCGGCGUUGCUUUUUCGGAGUACUUGAAAUGGUGGAGAAGCAAUCUAACGGAUACAACAAUCACAGAAACACACACAAGACAGCCAAAUUGAACUGAGAGAGAAACAAACAAAGAAAACAAAGAGAGAGAGAGAGAAAAAAAAGACAUUGACCGCCAUUAAAACCCACUUUCCUUUUUUUUAUCACUCCCAAACAUAUUCUUCUCAUUUCCUUUCUCUUUCUCUCUUUCUCUCAAUUUUUCACUUUAGCGUGGCAACACUGAAAGGAAAAGAAUACUCUUUUAAGAACUUAAAAGCAACCAAUUCCAGUGUUUGUGCCUCAUUUUCUCUACAGUUCCUCCAAUCCGGUUCGGUUGGUCCGGUGCGGUUCGGUCCGGUUCAAUUGGAUCAUGGAGCAAACCACUCUCGAAGCCAUUCAGUUCAACGAGGAAAUCCAAGGUCUCAUGGCUGCUCCGGCGCCGGAAACCGCCAAUUCCUUCACCGCGCUGCUCGAGCUUCCCCCGACGCAGGCCGUCGAACUCUUCCACUCGCCGGAGCGCGCCGGGAAACCGCCGCGCCACAGUCCCAAAUCCUAUCCGUUGACCUCCUUCGCCGCCUCCGCAUCCGCCCCCGCCACCGCCACCGCCAACGCCAACCUCACCUUUCCCUCCAACGCCGCGCUGAUCGAUCGCGCCGCCAGGUUCUCCGUCUUCGCCGGCCAGAGCUCGAACUCGAACUCGCCGGAGGUGAAGCGAGAGCUGCCGGAGACCGAUUCCAACCCGAGCUCCACUCACGGCGGCGGCGGCGGAGGCUCCGUCUCCGAUCUCGCCGUGGAGAACCAGAAUCUGAAAACUGCGAAGAGGAAGGAGCGAGAGAAGAAGGUUAAAGCGUCGUCGAAGAAGAGCAAGAGCGUCGCCGCCGCCGACGAGAUUUCCGGCGACGGCGAGAAGCUUCCGUACGUUCACGUUCGAGUUCGUCGAGGUCAAGCCACUGAUAGCCAUAGCUUAGCAGAAAGGGCUAGGAGAGAGAAGAUAAAUGCUCGGAUGAAGCUUUUACAAGAGCUGGUCCCGGGUUGCAACAAGAUAUCGGGAACGGCAUUGGUUCUGGAUAAAAUCAUCAACCAUGUGCAAUCUCUACAGAAUGAAGUGGAGAUAUUAUCAAUGAAACUGGCAGCAGUUAACCCAGUAAUUGAUUUCAACCUCGACAGCUUACUGGCUACUGAAGGAGUGACUCCAAUGGACUGUAACUUCCCUCCGACAGUUGCACCUGUCAUGUGGCCAGAAAUCCCACAGAACGGAAACAGACAACAAUAUCAGCAACCAUGGCCGUUUGAUGCACUCCACCAACCCCUUUGGGGGAGGGAAGAAGACAACACUAAUUUCAUGACUCCAGAAAACUCACUCUUGAGUUAUGACUCAUCGGCAAAUUCAGUAUCUCUGCAUUCAAAUCAGUUGAAGAUGGAGCUCUAAAGGGAAACUACAAAGGUGGUGGUACCAGUAGCAAUUAGCCUAUUAGUGUAUAUAACAAAUAUAGUAUUAGCAAUUAGUCAUGAUUUGAGCAGCCUCAACAUUCAGCAGGUUUUCCCUAACUCUAUUUUGUCAGAGUCAGUUGGAAACCUGGAUUUUAUUCAGCCAGCAAGGAAGAAGAAUUGGUAUGCUAUUUUUAUUUAAUAUAUUACUAUCACUAUGUAUACUAACUAUAGUAAUCAUUCAAUCUUUCAAGUGAUUGAUUGAUUUAGAUUGUAAAAUCAUUGAACGAACUAUUACUGAACUAUCAUUGAAGUUUGUUGCUUUGUUCAUCGAAUGCUACUUAGAUGGUUGGUUCUUUCUCA